AUGCAUCGUUCAGUUACAAUGAAUCUUAAGGCUUGUACAGGAUGUACAGAUAGUUCUACUACAUCUCGUCCGAAUAGUGCCAGUAGAAGCCCUAGUAGAAUUGAUAAAUACUAUGGAAAAAAUUUUUUUGAUGAUAAAAAUUAUAAAUCAACUCUUGAAUGUCUUGAUGGUGUAGAACAACAACCAUUACUUUCAUCAUAUAAUACAACUAAACGUACUCAAUGUGAAAUAGUUCGUGCACCUGAACGUCAUGCUGAACUUAUAAAAGUUCGUGUUAAGAAUAUUGAAGAAAUUAUUGUCACAUAUCGUACACAAGUCGAACAAAUGUAUCCUCGUACACAUUUUUCUUUUACUCAUAAAUAUCAUCGAACAGAUGUAAUGAGAAACGUAUUCAAAGCUGCAUAUGCACCAUUAUCCGAUUCAUCAAAUAAACUUGAACAAUUACCGGAACACCAAGAGACAUUAGAAAUUAUUACAGAAAAAAUUGAACGAGCUCAAAAAGUAUAUAAUCAAGAAAAAGAAACUUAUCGAAAAAGAGCAAAACAGUAUUAUGAAGACUGUCAAAGAUUCGAAAAAGAACGAUUGGAUUUAAUUCAAGAAACUUUACUCAAAUUUAUUAAAGCAGCCUUUUCAUUUGAAAGUGUAACUGAACAACGUCAAAUCUAUGAAGAUCUUGUAUCCAUGCUCAAAAUCCAACAAAAUUCUUUAGUAGAUCUUAAUUUUUGGGCACAAAAUUAUGGUGUCUAUGAUUGA